UGCGCAUCACUGCCUGCCCCGAGGGCCACUACCUCUCCGCCGAUGGGACGCACUGCAAGCACAUCGACUGCGAACGAGGCUUUGAGUUUAGCGACACACUGCUGAGAUGCGUGGACACGGACGAGUGUCGCGUGCCGACCGCCUGUCUUCGCGACGAGCAGUGCAUCAACACCUACGGCUCGUACACCUGUCGGAAGAUCUGCACUCAGGCGGGCUAUCGACUAGACGAACUGACCAACAGCUGUCAGGACGUGAAUGAGUGCCUGGUAGGUCUGCACACCUGUGGGCCGCAGCAGAACUGCUUCAACACACCGGGCUCUUUCCGCUGUGAGUGCCCCACCGGAUACCGAAUCGAUGGUCCACUGUGCAUUGACAUUGACGAGUGCAAGGAGUCGCAUGAGCACCUCUGUCCGUACGACACCUCCUUUUGCGUGAACACCGGUGGCUCUUUCUUCUGCCAGUGCAAGAAGGGCUUUGAAAAGGACUUUACCGGUCGCUGCGCGGACGUCAACGAGUGCUCGCUGAACAAUGGCGGCUGUUCGCAGCUGUGCAACAACAACUUUGGCUCCUACAGCUGCGGCUGCAAUAAGGGCUACAAGCUGAGCGCCGAUGGACACACCUGUGUUGACAUCGACGAGUGUAGCAUCUACAGCGAAUCGGGCAUUUGCUCUCCGCAAACCUCAACCUGCGAGAAUGUGCCCGGCUCGUAUCGGUGUNGAAGGGUUUCCGAGAUGAUGGCACCGGAAAGAACUGCCUUGACGUGGACGAGUGCACAGAGAGCACUAAUCUAUGUGAGCAGAAGUGCCUCAACACCUACGGCUCUUACAAAUGUGCCUGCAAACGAGGCUAUCGAUUG